AUGGCGAAUCGGGGCUAUGACGUUGUUGUCGACGUGGACGCAGAGGGCGACCUCGGUCACACCGACUUACAAGAGGACCUUGAAUUCCACCCAUCCAAUUUCGAGAACGAUCAACGCACUGCCAAAGUCCAAGGCGACUCUACCCCGUUCCUAGGUGGUUCGUCAUCCCGCGCCCGCGACCGUUCCCCUGGCGGCACCCCAACCAAGCACACCUGGUGGUCAAUCCACUACUACGAGCGAUUUUUCGAUGUCGACACAAACGAAGUUUUCCGCCGCUGCGUCGCAACUCUCUACCCGCGCUCGAACUUCCUUGAUGUCCUUGAAGGAAACGCGGACCUUUACGGACCCAUCUGGAUCGCAACCACGGUGGUUGUGAUUCUCUUCUUAACAGGAACUAUCUCACAAUGGCUAUCGAAUAAUGACGAUAAGCAUUUCGAGUACGAUUUCACUUUGCUAUCUGGUGCUGCGGGUUUGAUUUAUGGGUACACUGGUAUUCUGCCCAUUGCGCUUUGGGGAGCUCUGCGCUGGUUCGGGAGCUCAACGGCUGAUCUGAUUGAGUGCUGGGCUUUGUAUGGGUAUUCGAAUUUGGUCUGGAUUGCUGUUGCGCUUGUUAGCUGGAGUCCCCUUACGGCUCUGAACUGGGCUCUUGUUGGUGUUGGGUUUGCCUGGACGGUUUUCUUCUUGUUGCGCAAUCUGUACCCUGUGCUUAAUGCUACUGAUGCGAAGGCGAGCAAGAUUCUUUUGAUCUUGGUUGUGGUUUUGCAUGCUGGAUUGGCUAUUGCGAUCAAGAUUCUCUUCUUUGCGCAUGCGAGCCCCGUCUCUAAGAAGAACGAGAACAAGGGCGAUGACAAUAACGACAACACGCGCCGUAUGAUGUUUUAA